AUGUUUUUCAUCACAAUCCUUGCUUUGAUCAGCUUGAUCACCUCGCCAACCCUGGCAUUCAAGUCUGCGUAUCUGCUAAACGCGACCUUACAAGAGGAUAAGAAACCUGGCGCUUUCCCGAAAGGUCCCUCGGCUCUUUUCCAAAAUUCAUCAGCGGACACUGUGUACAAAAUUUGCAACGAACCAGACAGCUAUUUCAAGGUAAAUGCUCAGCGGAUCGAGGAAUCGAACGUCACUGCCUGGUUCACUGAAUGGGAUCGGAAUAUCAAUAGAACUACUGAUGCAUACCGAGAUGCUGCAAAUCAUUGGGACUAUUUCAUGCAGUACUUUCUGUAUCUUCUUGAGCCUGCUAGAUGUGACUUCGGAGAUGCAGGAUGCCAGAUGCCAGACUGCGAUCAUAUCUACACUACGAUUGCACAUCAGGGAGGCGAUAGAGACCUUGCAAGGAGAGUCUUCUUCGUCACAGUAUCCGUGAAGAAUGCACGCGAUUUUGUUGUGGCAAUUCAUAAAGCCACAGGACAACUUGAUAGCAUCAUGUCCCACACAAACGCUCAGGUCGCAGAAACCUUCCGAUGGCUUCCGGAUUUAGCUGCCCAAAAAAAAUGUGAGAUGAAGGCCGCUUGGGCAAAAUUUGGCAUGGUCAUGGGUAUAGCCUUGAGUGCGGGCGCAUUCGAAUUCGCGUUACCCGUCAUGGAAGUAGGGGAAGUCGGCGCGCAAGUUGCGAGUGCUGCAUCCGCUGGAGUACCGCUGGCUGUGGAUGUCGCCGACACAGCAACUAAGGAAAAGCGUCAUCUCGACGCCAGCGGUCACGACAAGGCCAAGACAGAGGGAGUCAAUCUAGACAACGAUGAGGGAAGACAAACAGACAAAGACGACGGUGACGAUGGUCAUGAGAAUGAUCCAAAACCCGAGCCUCACCCAGGUCCCGAGCCUCACCCAAACCCCGAGCCUCACCCACACCCCGAGCCUGAGCCUCACCCACACCCCGAGCCCCGUCCCCACCCGGAGCCUGAGCCUCCAGGCCCUAAGCCGAAACCGCGGCCAAACAAGAUGAAACAGAGAUUCCAGCAGAAAGGGAAAGGUCUCCUGACUGGUGUAGGAACAUCACUCGCAAACAAUUUGAUUACGCUUGGUUUCGGCGCCGAUCUCGCAAGUGCAAUCUGUAAAGAACCAACUCCUCCUGACGACCUAGAAGAGAAUAUCGCGAAAUUCCUGGACGGAUAUAUUUCAAAAGGGAUCGAAAAGCUCCAAAAGAGCUAUGAGGACUCGUGGGGGGCGGUAAUUCAUGGACAAGGGAGUGGAGAGAAUGAUACACUUGAUGAUUCUGGGACUAGACUUGCUCAAGUCAUUAAAAACGGCGAGUUCUUCAUUCUUUCCGAGGAAAUGACAAUCCUUCUCUACGAGAAAGAGAUCGAGAUCAAACAUAUGCUCGAAAGGAUCAUUGUCUGGCAAGCAAUCAUUGCUGCUUUGAGUUCACAAGGCUGUCACAUUCAUUGUAGUGACAAAAAGUUCAACAAUAUAGACGGCAAGAUUGCGGACUCCAGGUGGUACCCCGAACCGGGCAUUGGCUGCCAGCAUCAGUGUUGGCGAGAUUCGGUCAAGACAAAGAACCAAGAGCUUUACGGGAUGGAUGCACUGAAAGACAACAAUAAUCAAUUCAACUACACGCUUGCGGAUAUUCGAAACAUCUCAUUUGAUACGUGGCAACGAGAGCGCUACAAUCCCACCGAGGAUGCUACUAUGGGAACAACUAUGAUGGAUCUCUUACCACAAGACCCGGUACAGUCAACGCGUUAUGGCGGCCUGGGAGUCUGCAUGUCCCACAUAGCUCCCGACGACUUCACCCAGAAACACAACAGUGACAAAGUCUUACCAUGCUACUGUGGGGAUGAAUACGGGAAUGAGACACUGCAAUUCCUCGACUCGAUGAACAUCCAAGGGUGGGUGAACUAUAGUCCCGAUAGAAAUGACUCUGGAAUUGGCGUGUCCGAGGCUUGCCAAACGACGUUCAAUCACGACCACACGAAUCCAUUGCAGGCAUUUCUUGCACAUUGCAAGCUCGAAAAUCAUUAUCCAAGAAACGACGACCCAGGGCCAAGAGAAAGACCUCUCAUGUUUGCCCGAGAACCGGACCCGCAAUGCCCAGAUAUAGAACUCGCGUUUCGCACCAACCGGAUUCUGGAUCAUGACCUUCACAACGCAACUUGUUACGCAUGUUUUGUAAGUGAAGCUGGAGUAAAGCUAAAGAUUCACCAAUGCGAAUUUUGGUCGGACGAUGAUUAUACUUUCGCCAACGCUUGUCAUAUGUAUAAUGAUCAGCACCCAUGCUUCGUUGAUGGCCAGAAGGUCGUCGAUCACUGGGGAAAAUCGGCCAAGCCUGCAGUGAAAGUCAAGGGGUCAGACGACCAAUCCGAUAUGGGUGACGACUAG